AAUAAUCCUUUCUCGGCCUUUCCCUUUCAGUCCGUUUGUCUUCAAAACCCUAGCAGUCGGUACCCCUCUGUAUACGGCCGUGUAAGUGAACUCUGUGUCAACGGGCUCGCGUUGUCGGGAAAACAGAUCUGGCGAACAUCCGAGAGAAAGUUGAUAAGAAUAUUCUACGUGUGUGUGAGCUUUGUCACUCAUUAGAUAGGGAGUGAUGAGGUCUUAUAUAUAGUUAAUUGUUCAGGGCUUUGAUAAUGGUUUUUUGGCCGCCUGAUCGAGCUUUCGCCUUCGCCAGGCUUGAGAGUUCAUGUUGCUGCUCUUUCCUUCCUUGGAUGUCUGAGACGCUGUGGAAGAUCAAGUCCCUGAAAUGCAAUUUUCAUCCAUCCCUUUCACUUUGUCAGCGUCCAAGAUUCGUGUUUGCUGAUCAUUUGAGGAUGGAAAAUUUCCACCCUCCCAAUUUGAUCAAUGUUGUUUUGUCCUGCGUAAUUGAUUUACACGUCUAUGAUGACAAAUCCAAAGGCUUGUUUCUCAAAACAUUCGCAGUGGCCGACUAA